AUGGACGCGAGCGACGGUGAAUCCGUCGCACGGGCGACCCAUGCGACGGGCGAGACGACGUCGCUCACCAAGAGACCUCACUCCCACCCUCCCAGUAUCCUGCCUUCCUUCCUCCCGUCAUUUCAUCCUUCGUCCCUCCCAGUCUCAGCUCUGCCGUCAUGCCUGCCUUCGUCCAUUCCCUCGUCCCUCCCUUCGUCCCUGCCUUCGUCGUGCCUCCCCUCGUUCCUCUCCUCCGCCAUUCACAAGCCCGCCGUCAUCGUCGUCGCGCUCUUCCUCGCCUGCCACGUCAUCUUCUUCCUCGAGUUCCCCGUCUCCUUCCGCCUGCCCCACAUCGCUGUUAUCGAGGAAGCCCAUAACGAAGCAGCACCGAGCGCGCUAGUUGACGACAGUAGAAGCAGCAGCGGUCCUUCUUUUCGUAGUAGCAGCAGCAGCACUAGUGUUCCUAUCACCGCUACUCCCCUUGUCUCUGGUACUCCUCCGUUUGGAGGUUCAUCUCACGGCGACGUUCCCGUUAUAAGCCUCCUCGGCAUUUCCGAUUCAUGCCUCCGCCUCUUUCGCGAAAGGGCCGACAACAGCUUUCCUGAUUUCGCCGGUAACAGCACUUUCGCCGACUCAAACGCCACGAAGAUAUCCUCUGGUAGCAGCAGCACGGCAGCAGGUCGGUCACGGUCUUCCGCGGGCGGAAGUGCGGCGGAGUUAGACGCGUGUCGAACACGCCUCCUCGAGGCCUUUCGACGGCUGGCCCUUCGCGCUCAGCAGGCGGAGCAGGUGGCGCAGGGGGCGGGUGGGGAGCAGGGGGAGCAGGGGGGGGCGGAGAAGGGGGAAAAGGAGGAGAAGGGGGAGCAGGGGGGGCAGGCGGAGAAGGGGGAGAAGGAGGAACAGGCGGAGCAGGCGGAGAAGGCGGAGCAGGAGGGGGAGGAGGAUAAGGUGCAACUAACGAAGCUUAAAUCCGAGGCUAACAACACCACCGAACCACCCACGGAGGCUAGUAUAAGCAACAACACCGAGCCACCCACCAAGCCUAUUAAGGACAACACCGAGCCUCCGACCGAGGCUGACGUGUCGGAGCAGCAGGCAGGUUCGGUGGGGCAGGUGUGUUCCGAGGAUUGGAAACGUGGCGUGCUGGCACGAGCUGCCGGCAGCAGCUACAUCCGAGCGGCUGUAGCGGCGAACCUGACAGGGGUAGAGGGCAUUGAGGCGGGUAUAGACGAAGUGUGUGCGGGGGUGAAGGAGAUGGAGAGGCGUCUGGUGGGAGGAGGGCAGGCGGACGGCUGUCACUGGGGCGCCGGGAGUGGUGCAGACGAUAAGAGUGGUGGGAGUGGUGGGAAUGGCGGAAGUGGCGAGAGUGGCGGGGCGGGUGGGGAUGGUGGGAGUGGCGGGAGCCAAGAGAACUGCAAGCAGUGGCCUGAAAGCUGCUGGCCGGUUCCCGGGGUGCCUCUUUCCCUCUCACACGUACUCUGGGAGUGCCGCUCUCCCUCUCACACGUACGUGAGUGCUCUCGCCCUCGCUUCCCGCCCUUGGGCGUCACUCACUGCCAAGUGGAGCAGACCACCCAUCGCAUGUUUGGCGCCUGGCCUAGCGCCUCUCGCCCUUGCUUCCUGCCGUUGGGCGUCACUCACUGCCAAGUGGAGCAGAGGCAGAGCACACCACCCAUCCCAUGCUCGCCUGCUGGCCUGCCACCCCACUCGUGCCUUGCUUCCAACCCUAACCAUUGUCGAGCGCCUCUCGCCCUCGCUUCCUGUACCACCCACCUUUCUCUCUUUCCCCCCCAUCUCCCCCGACCCCUCUUCCCCCCCAUCUCCCCCGACCCCUCUUCCCCCCCAUCUCCCCCGACCCCUCUUCCCCCCACAGCAGAGCGCCUCUCGCCCUCGCGUCCUGGCCCACUCUCGCCCUCACUUCCGUGUCUCUGGCUUCACAGACCAACACACCACUCACGCUCGCCUGUACCACACCAACCUCCUUUCCCUCUACCCCCACCCUUCUCCCCCCACACCUGCCCCCAACCCACAGCACAGCCCCUCCCGCCCUCGCUUCCUGGUGUUUGGCUUCUCAGGCAUGCAAGCCACUCACCCUCGCCUGUACCACCCACCUUUCCCUCUCUCCUCUCUCCCCCCAUUUCCCCCACCCCCGUUCCCCGCACAGCAGAGCCCCUCUCGCCCUCGCCUUCUGGUCUUUGGCUUCUCAGCCGUCUCUCGCCCUCGCUUCCUGGUGCUUGGCUUCUCAGGCAAACCAACCACUUAUGCGCGGAUGGAUGUGGUGGAGGCAGCGAGAAUAGCCCACAUGUCCGGCCGCAUUCUGGUUCUCUCGAAGGUGGGCGACAGUCAUGUCUCUCUCGCCCAUCCACUCCCCCUCUGCGCCUACUGGGACCUCUUCAAUCUCUCCCACGCCGCCAUGCCUAAGGCCAAUGCCGUCCCCAGCAUCAAAGACAGCCCCGAGAAGAGCCAUUCCAAUGCCUCCCAAGCCUCUCAGUCGCCCCAAGUGCUGCCGAGCCUGCCCCACGUGGCUUGGAUGUCGCCGGACCUCUUCCUGCUGCUCGCCCGCGCUGCUGCUGCUGCUGCCUCUCCCCCAACCAACGGCUCUGAUACCAGUGGCUCGAAUUCGGGCGUUGCUGGGCUGAGAAGCCCUGCGGUGGGCUUUGUGUGGGUGCAGUCGCGGCAUGCCCAGCAAGCCCCCUUUCUCCAUGAGCCACUAUCAGCCAUCAUAGGCCAUUUGCUGCCGUACGCCAUGGGGCACGUGCCUCUCCCCUCCAACACGCUCGACCUGCGCCUCCCAGUUCGAGCCGAUGCUGUGCAAGUGCUCAUGCAGGCCUGGCAAGACAAGGAUGUAGUGGUGUGGGUGAAGGCAGCAGCAGGCAUGAUCGAGUUCGACCCACCCACAGGCAGCCUCGCCUUGGCCUCUCUGCCCUACAGCAGGCAGCUGCAUGUACUCGCUACAAGCCUGCUCGGUACUCUGAAUAAGAGUGUGAUGGCCGUGCGCUUGCAACCUGACAUGAUUGCUUGGAGAGUGCUCCCCACUUUCCUUGCGCCCCAUCUCCUCCCUUGCACAAGGAGUAGAAGGAAGCGGAGAAGCAAAGACAAAGCUCCUCAUUUUUUAGGCUUUUUGAAAUUUGACUCCCUCUUCUCCCCCGCCCUCCCCACCAACACCCGCUCCCCACCUCCCUGUCGUACCAAGCAGAAGGGAGAAGCAGAGCAACAAAGAUCAAACGCUACAGCAGGGCAGCAGGAAGGCUCGGAGAAGCCAGGCUCGGAGCAGCAGCCAGGCUUAGAACAGUCAGGUUCGGAACAGCCAGGUCCGGAGCAGCCAGGCUCGGAGAACCAGCAGCAGGUGGAGCAGCAGUUUGAGCAGCAGCUGCAGUGGUGUGUGAACUCGUCCGUGGCUAAAGCAAGCGUGGUUCGGGGAUGGGUAUCGGUUGGAACCAUGUUUGUUGCUACUGAUGUCUUGACGAAGAGCAGGGUGGGUGGAGAGUGGCGAGCUGGGGGGAAAGGAGAAGAAGGGAGAGGAGCAAGUGUGUUGGAUGCAGGGGGGUCGCAAGAUUUGAUUCUGGUGUUGUGGCAAUCCUUGACAAGCUUGUGUGCUCUUAUGCUGAUGUCCUCUUAG